AUGUCGUUCAACGUCUGUACCGUCACCUGCUGUAUCACGCUUUUCUCAUGCUUUCUGCUGGCCGCGUUUGAGUCUUGGCUGCGCUGUGAUGACGUCUUUGGGCUCAACGGGCACGAACAUCUUGGUGUAUUGCGCAAUGGCGAUGUCGAGGUCAUUCAGGCCGUGGCUAACGGGGGUCUCUUUUUCCAACGCGACUCGUCCCAAAUGCAUGGGGACGGUAACACGUCAACUGAUGCCUGCAACGCGCCUUUGGCCACGGAUGCAGAUAAAAACAACGUCAUGGCGGUGAUCAUAAUGGGCGCCCCUUCACUACCAGAAGGCGUUAUCGGCAGCACCGCCAAGGCGCGGCUUCUGCACGGUGUUCGCACUGCACUGUUGGCGGGAGCACUGUGGAUUAUUACUUCAGGAGGCAUCAGGGAGCGGGAAAGCGCUGAGCAAUUUUUGUGGGAGAUGCAAUGCCCAUCGGAGUCACUUUUUCCGGACGCCAUGCUGUCAGAGCUGCCGCCCAAACUGAGGAACCUUGCAGGGCAUAUGCGGGACUCGAUGUCGUUUGACACCUCGCUUAAGAGCUGGAUUCGGCGGGGACGGGUAUUGAAGCGUCAGCCCAAUCCCUUGUUAGGUGAUAAGGCGAAGGAAGAGGACAUGUCAUUCCCGCGUCUGCUGCGCUACGGAGCUGCCGAGUGGAUUCUUCCCGGUUUUCUCUGGGCCGACGCUGACGACACGGGUGGGUCUGAAGAAACGACAGGCGCAGAGCAGGCGGUGAUGCUCCUGCAGCGGCGGCUACUUGAGAUGCAUGCCGAUUUUUUGAACGAAAGCAGGCAGAAACGGCCGACGGAAAGAGCUUUGUGGCCGUGCGACGGCUGCUUUAAUGUGAUUGUCGUGAGUAGCAUGCACAAUGAGCGGUACGCCAGGGCGCUGGUGCACAAGGCUAUGCGUCGUGACUGGGGGUUAUGGUCCUCGUCGCGGGGUGCCUCGCAGUGGCCGUCAUCGCAAGCAAAGGAGCAGGAGCAAUGGGCGUCUGCCGAGUGUGUCCACGUGCUUGUGACGUCCGCCGACGACGCUGAGCCGACAUGGGCUGUGCCGUCGCCACUGUUUGUCCGCGGGCCGAUUCAGUCAAUGACGAAUUUCUCCCCGACGUCCAGUCUCCUGGCGCGUUUUCUGGGCGUCUACGCGCACGCAAUCCACGCGAACUACCGGCGCUGGUUUGCGUGCAUGCAGGUUAGCUUGCUGUCGCACCGCACCUUCAGUCUCAUUAACGAGGUGUGCAGGGUUAUUCUGGCACACUUGACCGAGACCAUCUCGGUGCGGGACCUCGCAUACUCCGCCUUCGACAAGCCGCCGGGAAGGUGA